AUGAUUACUGAUACGAAAGACUAUGUCGUGAUAUCUGGUGUGACACACAAAAGGAAUGUAAUACUAGCAGACGCGAACAUUCCAUAUAAGUUCUCAAUAGACCGAAAGAAGAAUAUUCUGUUUUUCUGUAUAAAUGCGGACGAGUUUUCAGACCAGAGCUUUCAAUCUGUGGCGUUGAAUCUUGACACUGGGUUAGCCUCCAUUGUGCCCGGAAUUCGUAAUGGGUAUGCCAGUGCCGUGAAUCAAACUUCUGGUGAAGUUUUCCUCGGAGGAAGUGAUGGCAUAUUCAAAUACAAUUACUCUACCAGCGACAUCGAUAAACCCGCGCUUGUAAACCGCACAGAUAUAUUCGACAUGUAUUUCCACAACAACCUGUUUUUCGUAGACACAGCGAAACAAAAUCUGUACGAGUACAAAGAUACUACGAAGCUUUUGGUCCCGGAGGUAAAGGAAAAUCUCAUCCAACACUUUGUAAUCGAUGGUAAAAGUGAUUUGUAUUUCAUUAAUCCCACUGGACUGUUUGUGUUGGUGAAGGGCAGUAAAUCGCCAGUUCUAGUUCACGGCAACGAUAUAAGCAUCCGUGGAGCUACGACGGAUGCGUUCGGGACACCGUACUUUAUAGCGCAUAAUGGAAUAUAUUCAAUUAAUAAAAUAAAUAAGCAACUAUCUUUGGUAUUGCCCGUAAAUAACGGAUACGCAGUAGCUUUUGAUAAAAGUAAUAACAUCAUUUACAGUGACGAGCGCUCAGUAAACAUAUUGUCUCCUUGCUAA